AUGUCUGCACAACUACCAACCUACUUGCAGUUCUUUAUGGAGGAUUACCGACACCUUCUAGUCCCUGGAAGUACUGAACCUUCUACUGGAGGAAGUACGUCGAAGUUGUUCGAUACGGUAUACGGCUUGAGGGUGACCCAAACCGAGCAGGAUGGAGACAUAAAGUUUAACUUCAGCCUCGUUCCCUCAGACGCGAGCAUCAACGCCCACCCUGAGGGGAAAUUUUAUGACUACGACUUUAUACCAUUUCAUGGAGAUACGUACUUGGACGAAGGCCGCGUUGGUCGUGGUAUGGAACAUGACAGUAUCAAAGAUCGAUUCCCAAAUAUCGCCGACCUUUUCAAGAAGUGGAGAUAUCAUUUCGAAGACGAAUCCCUCUCGGGAUUAUUUCCCCUCGAGUUAGAUCCAGAGCAAGAUUUCUCCAUGAAUGCCCUUUUAAUGGGUUGGAAGAUUGAAGGGUUCUUGAUGGCAUGCUGGGUAGCUUUGCAACCUGACGUGUUAACUGUCGAAUACAACACAGACAUCGACUGCUACCACCUCGACAAGAAUGAAGACAUGAACGGCGAAUUUAACAGCUUCAUUAACAAUCUCGAGGAGAUAGUGUACCUCCCUGAGGUGGCCAAUAUUCAGUAA